GAUCAUGGCCCUGUGAUUGAUCAGCCGAUUUGGUACAUCCACACCGUGGGGUUGGAUUGGAACACUCGAAAAUCGAAUCAAUCACGGUGUUCCAAUACAAACUGCUCUGUUUGCCUAAGCGUGUUUGAAGAAGGCGAAAGCUUGAGGUUGUUGCCCGUGUGUAGCCACGCUUUCCACAUCCCUUGCAUCGAUACUUGGCUUAGAUCUCACAAAAAUUGCCCACUCUGCCGCGCCCCGAUCGUUGCCGCCGAUGCGAAUUCCAGAGUUGUUGCUGUUCAAGCUGUUGUUGUAGGGUCAUCGAUGAAUCUCAAUUCCGGGGAAAAUUCUACAGUAGAGAAUUUGGAACCUACAACUCUAAUGACUGCACCGGAGGAGGAGCGAGAGGGUGAAGUGAGUCUUGGUAGUGGUGAGUGGUAA